AUGACACGACUUUGCAAUUCAUUCAAGCGAAUCUUGAGCAAGGCUCGGUGUCGGCCCAAACGAAGACGGCCGAAGGUGCCACAAGACAUACUCCUACGUCACAAGAGCUUUGAGCUAGACAGCCCCCAACUUACACAGAAAUCGCCAAAAUCGGAUGAUAAAACACUUGAUAUAGAAGACACAUCUCCUGUCCCCAUUUUGCCCAAGUCCGCUCCUUCCCUGCCCCACGCCGUAAAGGCAGAAGUGUCUGGCAGGAACGACUUUGAGUGGGAAGUGCUGUGGUAUCGAGCUUAUGAAAUUGUCAAACAGCAACAACCAGAUUUGAUUGUGGACUUUGAAAAACACCUGGCAACGUCAACGGGGAUUGAAAUACCACCGCUGGUCGAAAAAGACUUGCUUUCGAGUCCUGAAUCUGCCCAGAAGAUCGUGGAGCAGCUACAGACAGACCGAGCUGAGAAACAAUGGCGGGUUAAGGUUAUGGGCAACAAUGUUUCAGUACUAGAACAAGUCGAAAAGCUAGGAAGAUUUCUUCUAUGGUCCGACGAGAUUGUCAAGUCGGCUCUUAGCGCCCAACCUUACGCGUCAAUGGCUUGGUCUGGUGUAUCAAUGCUGGUUCCAUUACUUUCCGUUGGCACGGUGCAACACGAAGCCAUGCUUGAGGGAUUCGGCUCUAUUUGUGACAUUCAGAUGUACUGGUGGAGUUACAAAGAGAAAAUCGCCAAGUCUUCAUCUACAGGCAAUGACACCGGUCUUGCCGAGGCUUUGCCAAAGCUUUUUUCCUUGGUAUUCGAGUACCAAGCCCGGGUGAUUUGUCAUUUGGUAAAAAAUCAACUCAGCCGUGCGUGGGAGAAAGCCGUAGGUUCCAGGGAUUGGGCCAGUCUACAAAGCCUCGCUCUGGCCAGUCACGGAACCUGUAAGGAAUACGUAACUCGUGGACAUAAUGAAGAGGUGGAAACUCAUAUGACGCUUCAGUCUGAGAAAAUGGAGCGGUCAUGCCAAACUGGAGAGAAGAUACUCCAAACGCUGCAACAGGGCCAGCGGGAAGAAUGGGAACGGGAAUUGCUUAAUAACCUGGCAUCCGCAGCUCCUACAUACGAACGUGACAAGAAUUUCAACCCAGAUAGAGUGGAAGGAACAUGCGAGUGGUUCUUUCGGGACUCGACAUUCUGUAACUGGCGCGACAAUCAAUCAUCGAGUCUCAUUUGGAUUUCCGCAGGUCCCGGAUGCGGCAAGUCGGUCUUAUCGCGAGCUCUAAUUGACGAAGGUCACUUGGAUGCUAGGGGUGUGGUAGAAAUCACGGACUCAAGUGUAAACUACCGACAGUCACCUUCAAAUAUCUGCUACUUCUUCUUCAAGGACCAAGAUGCUCUUCGCACGAACACUACAAAUGCUCUAUGUGCGAUGUUGCAUCAGCUAUUCUGCGGCGUAUCCAACAAGUCUUUAAUACGUUAUGCAGAAUCGAGUCACAGAAACUAUAAUACACAUUUGACCACUAAUCUCUCCGAGCUGUGGCGCAUUUUGAUAGCUUGUGCAGAGUCUCCAGAGCUUAAUGGCCUUGUCUGUGUGCUAGAUGCUAUGGAUGAGUGCAGUAAAGAAAGCAGAGAGGAACUAUUUCUUUACCUCCGUCGAUUUUACAACAAGAAACGGGACCUGAAGUCUUCUAAGAUCAAGUUCCUGCUUACCGGCAGACCAUAUGACCACUUGAAAUCUGGGCUACAACUACUGGAAAAUAAUGCGGCAUACAUUCACUAUGAUGGAGACGACAGAUUUGAGGAGAUUGGGCGAGAUAUUGAUCUUGUCAUUGACGCAAAAGUGGACAGUCUUGGCCAGUAUAUCAAAAACGAAAAUGAUCGUGAUCGGAUUCGCCAAAGACUCAAGAAAAUGGACAACCGUACCUAUUUAUGGCUACACCUGACGUGGAAUAUAAUUACCGAACACCCUAGUAAGUAUGGCAGGGUGUCAGACAUAGAACCACUGCUGUCAGAUAUACCACCAGCGGUGGAAGAUGCCUAUGAAAAGAUCCUAAACAGGAGCACAGAUAUAAAGAGGACUGAAGCUCUUCUUCAACUAGUACUUGCUGCAAAACGGCCGUUGACUAUCGAAGAAGCCAAUUACGCUCUCACGUUAACUACAACUUCAACUAUAACCAAGGACGAGCGCCUAACACACAAGGUCUUGAGUGAAAAUAUAUGGAGUGGCGAUUUCAAAUUCGUGGUGAAGAAUCUCUGUGGACUUUUUGUCAACGUCUAUGACUCCAAGCUAUACUUUAUUCAUCAGACUGCUAGAGAGUUUUUGACUGGUCCCGCAACAUCGAGCACAGGCUGGAUGGGACGCUUCGAUAUCAAGAUGGCUCAUACAUAUAUUAGUAGAUGCUGCCUACGUUACCUCCUCUUACCGGACAUGCCGACUUUGAGGGAGAAUGUUACAUCACCUCGCGGGUCAGAAGAGUUGUACCAUUUCAGUAAAUACGCAGAAGAGUUGUACCCUUUCAGUAAAUACGCAGAAGGGUACGUGUUAUUUCAUUUUGAUUCACAAGCGGAUGACGCAAAGGAAAAGGGCUUCAAGGAUAUAGAGGUGCUUUUUCAUUCAACACCUAGAUGUUCCGCAGAAUGUCUUCUGCUAUAUAUAUUGGGUACAGCUUUCCUUCCCGUGGAUCGAACUGAUAACAUCGAGUGCAAUAAAUUGCUACUUGCUAGCUAUUUUGGGUUGCCUCAAGUUGUACGACGGAUAUUGGAAGCUGGAAACCAAACAAAAAAUAUAUCUUCCACGGCCAAGGUUGCAGCGUUGCAGCUCGCCUCCAAAAAAGGACACCUGGAAGUAGUCAAGGUGCUGCUUUUGCACACAAACAGUGCUGAUGUCAAAACGGAAGACUACGACGCCACAGCCCUACAUGCAGCAGCGUCGGGUGGCCACCUAGAUAUUGUCAGAUUACUCUUGUUGAAUGGCGCGAAUACAGAGAUUCCAAAUCAUGGUGUGACGCCUCUUUCUGCAGCAGCCGACUCAGGUCACAAGAAAGUGAUUGACAUGCUGCUUUCUCAUAAAGCUAACGCGCGAAAUUACUCCGGGUUCUACGAAACGCCGCUUUCAAAGGCAGCUGAACAGGGCAGGGAUGACAUCGUGGAAGUCUUGUUGCCGGUCACUUGCGUAGGGGCGCUUUCUCUGGCAUUUUUCAGCGUAGCGCUGCAAUGGGCGUUGGUUCUUCAUGGGAAACUCCUUGACCGUCUCUUGUCUUUUCUUGAGAUUUUGGAGCCAAACGAAGGAUAUCAUCAGACAUUAGUACUCUGGGCUGCCCGCUACGCUACUGCAGAAAACAUGGCCCAUCUUCUGCAGAAGUGGCGGAAUAGGUUCUUAGUCACAGAGAAACUUCUUGUGGCCGCGACGCGGAAUAAGUAUCAUGGGCCACGAAUUGUUACUAUGCUCCUAGACGAGUGUGGAAGCAAUGAGCUUAUUUAA